GAAGUGUUAUGGCGCAACAAUUGCGAAUGAUGGCAUUUGAACAUGGUUCCAGCGACGAUGAAUAUAAUUCACCAAUGUGCGACGACCAAGAUGGGUGAGGGAGAGAAUGGAUUGGUUUUCCAAUUAUGAUGAUCGGGAUUUUGUCAGGAGGUUCCGUUUGUCCAAAGCAUCAGCACUUUACCUACUUGAAAGAAUUGAAGCUGAUUUGGAAUAUUCUUCUGAUAGGAAUACUUCUGUAUUGCCAAUGGGACAGCUGCUGACUACUGUAAGAUUUUAUGCCACAGGAUGUUCCCAACUAACCAUGGGUGACUAUAUGGGAAUUAGCAAGUCCACAAUACAUAGGAUCAUUCAGAGAAUGGCCUUGUCCACUCACCACAACACAAUUUUCAACAACAACAAUUUUGUGCUCGGCAUGCAAUGUUUGAGAGAGGGGAACAUGGGGAUGGUUUUGUUGGUAGAUGGAGGAAAAGCAUCAACCUCUUACAUGGUGGCCCCUCUUGAAAAUCCUCGUUCCCCAGCUGGAAAUUUAUAUAAUACCAUUUUGAAAGUUUGCUGUGAGGUGCCAUGUCAACAUCUUUUACUGUCUCGUCGUGAUACAUAUGUUAUGUACCCCUAUGCUGACUCUGGUUUUCUAGGGUACUUUUAAGUGAAUACUGGUAUUGUCUUUGCUUGCCACCAGAUUAAGUAAAAUAGUUCGUUCUCCAUCCUUCCAACACUGUAUGAUCAAUGUUGACUUGUUUUAAUUUCAGCAAUAAAUCUUAUAUGUUACCAUUAUUAUGAGUUUGAAUUGAUAUGCCUCUUAUUUACCGUGCA